AUGUCCGAUUCCUCCACGCCCCCUUCUCCUGGGAUCAUUCACGAGUUCCCACGGAACCGAAUUGAGCGACAUCAGAAUGGAGACCCCAUGCACACUCCUCCACCUACUCUGUACAUCCCACCGCAGUUUCUCCCUGGGGGAAGGAGAUCGCUGGCAGGGGUGGCCAGCCGGGCCUUUGGGCUCGGGAUCGCCCUGGGCUUCUCCGUGCUACUGACUCUGGAGCUUGCAUACUGGGGCUACGGGUUAUGGCGGGCACCAUGUUUUGUCGCGACGCUGGCACUGUUUCAUUAUCUGGAAUUCGACAUGACGGCGCGCUACAAUCCGCCGGACGCGUCCAUUUCCUCGUUUCUGCUCUUGUCCAACGGUGUGGCCUACGCAGCCGCCCACACAGCGGCCAUUCUUGAAUUACUGAUCCGACAUUGGCUGCAUUCCGACUACAAGCCACAAUGGUUGAUAUUGCCUUUCCACAUUCCAGCAUUCCUGCCGGUGCCUGAAUUGCCAUCGCAUGUGACCGUUGGAGCUGGGCUGUUCUUCAUCGUCCUGGGCCAGCUGGUCAGAAGUGCUGCCAUGAGGAAGGCGAGGACAAGUUUCAACCAUGUCGUGCAGUGGACUAAGAGGGCAGACCAUACCCUGGUGACGGACGGGGUCUACGCCUUCUCAAGGCAUCCCUCGUAUUUCGGCUUUUUCUGGUGGGGGAUAGGGACGCAGAUCUUGCUGGAGAAUCGGAUCUGCUUCGUGGCGUACACGGUGGUGUUGUGGAAGUUCUUCAAUCACCGGAUCAUGCACGAGGAAAAGCAUCUGGUCUCUUUCUUUGGCCAGGAUUACCUCGACUACCGCAAACGUACGCCGGUGCGAAUACCUUUUAUCCGUUGA